AUGUCUUUCACAACCGCACCCCAGACAGUCGAAAAACUUAUGGCUGUCUUCGCACAGUUUGGACUACCCGAAGAACUGGUGACCGAUGGAGGCCCACAGUUUCCAAGUGAGGAGUUCAAGAACUUCUUGAAGGAUCAAGGAGUGGUGAACAGCAUGACGCCACCCUACCACCCGGCUUCAAAUGGCGCCGCGGAGAAGGCUGUGAUAACAGUCAAUCGAGCGCUGCUCAAGCAAGUACUUCAAGACGACCUCCGAGAGAAGAGACGAAAUAUCCAGAAGUUGUCGUGUUUCCUACUUGCCUACCGGACGACACCACACAAAAGUACUGGAAAGGCCCCUGCAGAGCUGUUCCUGUGA